AUGGCGAAGUUAACGUUGCCUUGUCUACUGCGGCGACUGCAGCUGAUGGCGCUGCGAUUGCAACUGCAACUGCAGCCACAACAACAUCAGCAUCAACAACAGCAGCUGCAUCCACACGGCUGCCACUUGAUGGCCAUGCAACUGGGCCAGGCCGUGCUCCUCUACGGCUGCCUCCUGCUGCUCCACGCCUCCGUGUCCGCCUCUGUCCUGGCCUCGUCCUCCGACACGGCUGCCAUCCCGACCCUGCUGAACAUCUCCGGCACGGCGGACCUGGAUGCACCUGGAGCACCGCAGCAGCAGCAGCAGCCGGAGCAACUCGAGAAGCGCACGCGGAAGCGUGAUGCCGCCAAUGUGCCUGAUGAUGACGACUAUGGCAGUUAUCCGGACGACGUCGACGAAUUGGAGGCCUUGCUAAAUAAUAAGUCAGCUAAGGGGAAAUAUAUUGGAGCGCCGUGCAACGAGCUGAAGUGUGACGUCAAGCUGCUGCACGUAUCCUGCGACAAGGAUUCGCAGACCUGCAGCUGCGAACGCAACUACCCAGUGCAACUUGGACUGAUAAAGGGUUGCGCCAAACCUAAAAAACUGGGCGAUCAGUGUUUCUACGACGAGACCUGCAUCUACAACGACGAGAACUCCCUUUGUGUUCAGGUGCGGCACAAUGCGAUGUGCCAGUGUGCCAGCGGAUUUCACUCAGUCAGCUACGUGAAGCCGACGCGCCGUGUCUUUUGCACUCCAGACCUCAGCGAACUGAGUUCGGAUCUGCCCACCUUGCUGGGCGUCUCCACGGGCAUCGCGGUUCUGGCCGGGCUCAUCUGCAUGGUGCUGCAUCUGUUCAGCAAGACGAAGUAUCCGCGGCAUCGAAACUACGGAGAUGCCAGCAUUCCGCCGCCCAUUCUCUACUCCAGCGAUACAGGGAUACCGCUUACCGUUCACUCGGCGCGUCCGUCGUCGCGUUCCAGCAUCCGGUCGACGGGAUCGAUUGGCUCCUAUGGCAACCGACGCGCCUCGGCCGGCGGACUGGGCGGGGGUGGCGGUGGAGGCGUGGCCGGAGGCGGGGCCGGCGGAGGAGGGGCGUCUGGAAGCGGCGGCUCGAAGGGCAUCCUGGUGUCGACGUCACGAACAGGUUCUCGAAGACCAAGUCUAGCGUCGGUGCACAGCACCAGCUCCUCGGUGCGCAGCUACAGCAUGAUGCGCUUCGAGAAGGAGACGCAGCAGAAGGAGAUCCGCCAGGAGAUGAAGCUGCGACUGGCCCGCCUGCAGCAGCAGCAGCAUCUCACCCAGAACAAGCCGCAGAUUGUCAUCGGCGAGGCGUUGAUGCAACACGGCGCCCUCAGUCGCGUCACCAUGGCCACGCCCAGUCCCCUAACGCCCAACUCACUGGACGAGCUGCUGCCGUCGCUGGAUGAAAACCAGGAGUAUCCUCCCAGGCUGGAAGCCACCCUCAAGCAGUUCAUACAGCCUCAGGCGCAAGCAGGAGGAGCGAGUUCCUCCGGAGCCGGGGCAGCUUUGAGGGCAGCUGCCUCCCAAUCGUCGCCAGGCAGCUCGAAUGGAUACCACGGGCCCUGCAGCUCUUCGACUGAGGCCCUUUAAAGUUAGUGCAUAAGUAGGCCCGAGUUGUAAAUUAGGUCGUAAGUAAUCGAAGAUUUCUCAUCUAAUUUGCGUAGUAGGCAAGGAGUUGCCGUAGGAGCCCCCCCGUUGCUACUUAAAAUUAAUUCAAAUUGAACGUCAAACGUGUUGUAGUCAAGCUGUAGUCUAAGCUUAGGUGUAAUAUUAGGCGAUAAGUGAGUUCCCAAGCUAGACAGCCUUUGUGUGUAUUAUAAUGCGUAGCGGAGCAAAUCGAAACAUUUUAUACGUGUGUGUAUAUUGUCAUACAUUUUUUGUAGAAGUUAUACAAGGCCAAGUGUAGGGGGUUCGAAAUAGUGUGAAGCCCGAUUUGAAUUGCUGCUGAAGAAUUGAUAUACCACUUGGCUUUUCACUUAUGUAGAUCAACAUGAAUUGAUUAGCUUAAAUUAGUCUAGUGUUUAUCGUUAGUGUGAGAUAGUACUGAUAACAUAUACGCAAUAUGAAUUUAUACAAAAUCGGUUUAUACAACGGUAGUUUCUUGUAAAUUGUACUCACGAUGAUAAUUGAUAAUUGAUAUAUCAUAAUUGAUAUGAUAAUUGAUAAUGAUCGGAAUAUGCCAGAUUGUUCUAGCUAAAUCAAUAAUUACGUUAAGCCAUCGCCACGAAAUAAAUCAAAAGUGUUAAUAGAUCAAAGUAAGACAAAUUAAGCCUGGAAGGAGAUGUUCGGUUCUUUGUAGGAAUAGAGAUCUUAACGCAUAUUCCGAUUGCUCGAUGUGCAUAGUCAAUUUUAAUUUACGACUUACGAAUUUUUCUACAGAGGCGUUUCAACUGAAUACAAUAAUCGAAAAUGUGUAGAUCAAAUGUAAAUUACUUACUCGAUGGUAAUAUUAUUUCACAUUUGAUACCAAGGUUGUUGACUGUAGUUGAUGUGCUCUACAUCGUUUGGUUCCAUGAUUUAUCCUAUCUAUAGAUCCGUUCUCAAUAGUACGAAUUGCAGCAGCUAUAUUGAUCGUUACAUAUACAUACAUCUAUACAAGCAUAUACAUAAGUAUGUGCAUAUUGGUACUCAACUAUGCUAUACAUACGAUGAGUAGACACAUAUCUGGA